AUGGAGAAGCUGGAGUGGCAGCUGUCAAUGCAGGAGGAGCUCAUCAGCGCCGGCGAGCUGGAGGGCGCCGCUGGCGCCGCGGCGGCGGCCAAGAAACAGAUCUCGCAGCUGCUCGCGUGCUGCAGGGACGGCGGCCUCUGGGCGGAGCAGUGGCUUGUGGCGGAGCAACUGCGGGACGCGGCGGCCACCUGGGACCACUGUAGCCUCCAGGAUAGCCAAAUUGCAGCGUGCGCGGCGCCACAUGAUGACCAACGCGGCGCCGCCGUCGGCGUCAUGGGCGGCGGCGGCCCGGUCGAGGGUGGGGGCUGGUACAGCAGCGAGCGGCUGAGCGCCCUGGCGGUGAAGGUGGCGGUGGAGGAGGUGCUCGGCUGGCUGGGGGCGCAGGUGUUUGCCGGCGAUGACGUGGCGCUGACGUCAUUCAUCCAAGACGUGCGCGCCACCACUGCUGCCGCCGAGGGCGGCGGCGGACGGAGAAGCGGCGGCUGGCGCCAUCUGACAGAGCGGCUGAUGAGGCGGCUGGGGCUGCAGGUGCUGGAGGAUGCGAUACAGCUCGACAGCGGGGGCGCGUCGCAAAUAGCGGGCGGCCCCGCGGCUGUCCUCUGGGGCGGCCGGGACCCCCCUCUCCUGACCCCCAAGGUCACAACCCUUAUGGCCGAGCUCGCGGCCCGCCGCGCCGCCGCCGCCGCCGCCGGCGACGGCUGGGCCUGCAUCGUCUUCGUGAAGACGCGCCUGAUGGCUCUGGUGCUGGAGCGCCUCGCGCGCAGCCUGCCGCGCUCGCGCGGCGCGCUGCGGGCGCGGGCGUUCCUCGGGCACAACACGACGGGCGGCGCGGAGGACGGCGUCAUGAGCGUGCCGGCCCAGCGGCGCGUGGUCAGCCGGUUUCGCGGCGGCGACCUCAACCUGCUCUUCGCCACGGGCGUCGGGGAGGAGGGUAUGGACUUUCGUCAGUGCCAGCUGGUGGUGUCGUUCGACCCCCCAGACAACACCCUCAAGUUCAUUCAGACCAGGGGCCGCGGCCGUGCGCGGGACUCCAAUUUUCUGCUUAUGCACCCCAGCCCCCCGCCGCGCAAGGCCAAGUCGCCCAGCGAGCGCGAAGCGCAGGCGGAGCGCGACGCGGCCGCGAUGAGGGCGCAGGCGCAGUUGCAGCAGGAGGCAGGGCCGCCCGCCAGCUGGCAGGCCGGCCCGUUGGAGGCAUCCGAUGAUGACGAGGCGGUGCUGCGCAUCGAGGGCGGCGCGGUCGUGACGCCGCAGCUGGCGCAGGUGUUCCUGGCGAUCUACUGCUCCCGCCUGCCGGGGGUCGACGGCCCCUCUACAUGA